UUGUGGUGACGUCAUAUCGAAUACGUUGGAGCAGCCAGUGUUUGUCUCGGGUAGAAAGUCAACCGCACAAUUUUGUUUUUAUUUUUGCUUGAGUUUCGCUUGGCGCUUCAUACACGGCGUUAAAUGGGGACUUAAAGGGUUACCAUGAAACUCCGGUUGCAGAAUGACAGGAGUGAUUCCAGAGGCGCUGUGAAAGUGAGGGAGUCUCCAGCUGUCAUGCAGCCUAAUUCAAGACAGGAGGGCACUCAUGCAAGAAAUGGUUUAUCCCUUACUCUGCAAACAGACCUUCCCACCAGGACUGCGGCCGCUAGUGCUGCAGCCGCUGGCCAACCGAAGAGCAACGAGGUGCGGGUGCCCAUGACCGGUGGGCCGGGGGAGUCGGGCGGAGGUGCGUCGACCAGGAGGUCCAGAGUCAACUCCCACAGCCACACCCAUUCCCAUGGACACGGACAUCAUUGUGGGCAGCGCCAUUCCAACUCAGAGCCUGAGCUUGACCAGUCCGACUCCGAUCCCGACUCUGGAGAACCCAGUGCCUCGUUGUCUGAGCUACGGUGUCUGGUUCGUUGGCUCCAAAAGAGUCUUCCUUUUCUUGUGAUAUUAAGUGCUAAACUGGUCAUCCAGCAUGCACUAGGACUGGCAGUUGCUGUUGGCCUCUUCACCACUUUCCUCUACGUGAAUAAAAACAUCCAAAUGCAAGUAUUUCUUCAGGAUCGCCAUGCAAAGCUGCAGUGUGUGUGGUUGCUCGUCCUCCUGAUCUCCUCCACCCUCCUGCUUUACUACACCUUUCUCACGGAGACACUUUACAACUGCCUUGUGUUCCUCAGUCCUACUAUGGAGCCGCUGGGAUUCUGGGAGAUCCUGUGGGCCGUUGGCAUCACCAACUUUAUCAUAAAAUUCUUCUUUAUGGGGAUCAAGUGCCUUAUUGUGCUUGUGCCUGCUUCCCUAGCCAGCUAUAGAACACAGGGACGCUGGCUGCUGAUGACUGAGGAGCUGGGUCAGGUCUACCAGGCCGUGGCUCCUGUUCCUCUUUGGUUCCGCUACCUGGUCACCUACCAGGAGAUGGAUGGUGCCCCAGCGCUCACUGUGGGGGUUUUACUGGCGUUGCUCUACCUCAUACUGAAGCUUUUAAGAUUGUAUGGACAGUGGACGUCUUUGCUGAAAACUGUGAGGAUGUUUCUAAUGAAUGAGAAUCAUGCAGACACUAAAUGUCAUUCCCAGCAGCCAGAGGUGACAAGUGUUGUCCUUUCGUACCUCAGCAUACGGGGACAGCGGCCACAAGGGGUCAGUGCAUGGAGGCUGGAGAUGUGUGUCCCAUCUGUCAGGGAGAAUACAAGCAGCCUCAAGUGCUCCUCUGCCAGCACAUAUUCUGUGAUGAAUGCAUCGCUCUGUGGUUCAACCGGGAGAAGAGCUGCCCUCUUUGUCGGACUGUGAUCACAGAGAAGGUGUACGCGUGGAGAGAUGGAGCCACAUCUCCGCACCUGCAGAUUUACUGAUCACACUUCUUUUUGGGAGGCUUUAAAAGGAAACCACACUUUUUUUGGGGGGAGGAUUUUGCCCAUCACAGCUAAAAAAGAGCCGGCUAAUGCACGAAUGGGAUGCAACUAUUCUGCCGAUAUGUGAAGCCUUCUGAAAAAAACAGCGCUGCAUUUACAUAAAGGUACCUGCAUAUAACCAAGGUACAGCGACGUGGUUAUGAGACCAUCUUUGGAACACACAGAAAAGAGAGAAACGUGUGUUCAUGUCUCACAUAAGGAUUGUGGAUGAUGGGAAAAAAAUCCCCCCAAAAAAGGGCAAUUUUCCUUGACCUUUUGGGUGCUUCAAUGAAUGUGACCUUGUUGGAUUGUCAAAUUGUACAAUACCGUUCCUUUUUCUUUUCUUUUCGAUUCAAUUGAUGCUUUUCCUUUUGGUGUUUUCCAGGUUUGUUUAAGGUCACUUUUGUGUUGUGUUUCUGCCCUGAUGUUUGAACUGUACUUCUUCCCCACGGGCCUGCAUGUUAUUUUUCUUCCAAAUUAUUGUGCUGGAAAUUAUUUUAUUUUUUAAAUGAAUUUUCUGAAUCACAGAUUUUAAGAGACAUGCUACGUUUUGCGUCUUUCAUCUUGAAGGUUAAGGUAGAUUUGGGACUGCUGGUAAUUUGCACAAUGCAACAGCCAGGUAGACGCCUGUAUCAGGCAUUGAUGAUGCAUCGGCUGCUGCUUUCAGGGGCUUUUUCUUCAUCUUGACAGCUUGAUCUAAAACAACUUUUAGAAUAUUUCUAUAGAGGAGAUCCUUGUAAAAACCAAAGAAUGGGAGAAAUAUAUUUUAUUAUGUCGUGAAAUAUUGCCACUUUUUCUGUCCGUGUCACUCCAUGAACUCUAAAUAAAAAUGCGCAUCAAGCGA